AUGGAACAUUUAAAAAACUUAAUAACUGGGGCCCUUGCGGGCGUCGUUGUUGAUGCGAUAUUAUAUCCCAUUGAUAACAUAAAAACAAACAUACAAGCAAAAAAUCAAUUAUAUUCAAUUUUUGAGGCAAAAAAGUUAUAUAAUGGGAUUAUUCCAACCCUUAUAGGCACUAUACCAGCUAGUGCUUUUUUUUACUGUUUUUACGAAAUGUCAAAAAAAUACAUAUCAGAAAAUAAUCCUAAUAUUAGCAAAAGUGCUUUAUAUAUAGCUUCAACCAGUAUAGCCGAACUUACAGCAUGCAUCGUGAGGCUGCCGUUUGAAAUAAUAAAACAGAAAAUGCAAGUGUCUAGUGAAGCAUCUGUGAAAAAUAUAAUAAAUGGUGUACUGAAAAUGCAAGGAGCUCAAUCAUUUUUACUAAGGAGUUAUUUAGUUAUAAUAAUAAGAGAGAUUCCAUUUGAUUGUAUUCAAUAUUUCAUAUGGGAAACACUUAAAGAGAAGGGGCAAAAAUAUUUCAGAGAAUUUUAUGAAAAACAUCCAGUUAUAAUGUCGUCUCUUUCUGGAGGAAUUGCGGGAGCUACUGCUGGAUUCCUAACAACUCCUAUUGACGUUAUAAAGUCCAAGCAUAUAAUAUAUGGGCGGUCAUACAUUGAGACAAUUAAAGAAAUAUCAAAAGGAGGAUACUUGUCAUUUUAUAAAGGAUGCUUAUUUAGAACAUGUUAUUUAUUUUUUGGAGGGCUUAUAUUUUUUGGAGCUUUAAGAUUGUUUUCAUUCAAAAAGGAUAAAUCUUGA